AAGACACUCUGGUGUUUCUGAUGAGUAAAUUAGGGCUAAACAUGCCCCCGGGAGUCCAGCAUUGAUAUGCCGGAUAUUCAGGAAGAAGUCUUUUUAAUAGGAGGCUCUUUACAUGAAUAGAAAAUCCUGUGUUGUGCCUUUGAAGUCUUUGUGUUUUAGCCUGUGGAAGGCUGUACUUUGUGCUUUAUUUUUCCUUUAUUUGGCUUCCAUUCUACUCUUAAGACUUCAACUUACAGAGCUGAUAUUGCAUAUUUUACGGAAAUACUCCUUUGCAAGCUGCCACCACUAGAGCCUUUCAGGAAUGAUCAUCAAAGCUGGAAAGCAUCCGCCUCCGUCCUCACUGGGACAUUGUCAAACCUAGAGACAACACCAGGGACAUUCCCAGCCGAGUCAGUGAGGUCCAUUAGUCUUAAGCUCAGAGCCGUACCACUUUACAAAGCUUUUCACAGCAACCUGGUCUCAUGGGCAGCCUUCCAAAGUACACUUUAAAGUCUAGACAGUGACCUCCGUGUGGCUCUCAUGGCUAAACAAGCGAUGGCCUAAUUUUCCCUCUGAGUCCUGCAGUUUGAAACCUCCAGGAAAACUUUGGCUCUCAUUCUCUUUUGCGGUUGUGCACCUUGGAAUCUUUCAAAUGAUCUGCAGUCUGAGUUUCAGAUGUUCUUGUAGAAACACCUUGUGGGGUUUGACAGACGUGUUACCACUAAGUUGAGACAAAACUGAAAAGGUUUGGCAGCUGGGAAACAGGUGUUUGACUAAACAAGACUUAGACAGAAAACCCAAAGAUUUGUCUGAAAAGGGAUUGUCUUAAACAUGUUUGGGAAAAAGCCUGAUUUAAACUAUAUUUUAAAACUAAUCACUUCAUUACAGAUUACUGUUUUGUUCUACUGCCUCAUUGUUUCCUUUUUGCUCUCAGUUUUGGGGACAAAGCCUGAAGGCUGUGCUGCGUCCACGGCCUGCCUGAUUAAAUCUGGAUCCCUCGCUGGCUCUCUCCGUGGUGCUGAAAGAACCCUCUAUCAGAUUACAAGCAGCCAGAAUAGGACCUGAGCUAAUCCAUUACAAUAAUUGAUUGACAGUACAUUGAAAGUGGUCCUGUGGUGAACACCAAUUACAGUCAUGUCCCAGUGCACCUUCAAAACGGCUUGUUUUGGCACAGCACGUGGAAGCAAUCAUUCAUCCGGGAACUGCAGCAGGCUACCGUGUGCGAGUAAAUGUAAUCUAAUUACUCUGAAAUGACCAGUCUGCUCCCAGCACCUUCAGUCCACAUGGUUAAUGUUUGACAGAAAGUCAGUGAGCCUUCCGUCACUGGGGGGUAAACUUUCCCUUGUUUCAUCUGCAUUCAAUAUUCCUCCUGCAGGUGGAGCAGUGAGGCUCUGAGAGGGACGGACAGAGGGGAAUUUAUAGUUUAGACACAAACUAUCCGCUUUUUCUGCAAACUUUGGCAUCAUGAUUCCAUUACGCACAGAAAUCCCGUUCAUCUCUAUUUGUUUGUGUUUUUGUCUAUACCAUAACACCUAUUAAACCCUUGAAACAAAGAAAGUGUCCGUUUAGCAGAGGAAAAGGUUGUAAAAAAAAAACCUUCAGGAGGAUGUGGUUCAGCCUGCAUUACAGCAACUGCAGCUGUAUGAUAAUUAGGCGCCAAUGCUUCCCGUGCGCACAGGGCAGCACACGCCACUGAGCAAACACGCGCAUGCGUCCCUGCAGCCAAGACUAUAGCACUCGGCCCAUGCUCCCCGCAGAAGAUAUCUCUGGGAAAGAGGAACUCGUUAAAAUGCCAUCAAAGCUCGCAGUCCCAACAAACCACAACUAACAGAUGUACAGACAGAAAGAACAAAUGAUGGAGCCGAAGAGGCAAACAGAUUACCGGAACAGAGGAGGAAAACAACACGUGGCUGACAUCAGAGCAGGUGGAGAGGAAUUAGGAGAUGCAGAAGACAAGGUCAUUGUAUCAAAAGUUGAUCUCCAUCAUCAAAUAUUAUUUUCCUUGCGAUUAUUUGUCCUUCAUAUAAUCAAACAGAACCCCCAGAUACAGAUAACGGUGUGUUUUCGGCAGGUGAAGGCACCGGGACACAGAGGCCCAUUGAGGGGAAGUCGCAGGCCUGCGGCUCAGCCUCGAUUGUGCAAUUAUUUGACUUGGUCAUAGUGCAGCUUUAUGCAAAUGAGGGGAACAAUGAACGACGAUGGAGAUUAAUUCCUCCCUGGUCUGCUGACUGAAAGGGGAAAAGAAUGCACUCUCGCCAAGUGUGGCACACCGAGGCAUUAAACGAAAAUAAAUAAAUAAAGCGUAAAGAAACGUUCAGAUGAACUUGUUGAACAAUUGAGACAUUUUUAGCAAAAUUGACAGAAAUUGAACUAAAACAUGUAUUUAUUAUUCGAAGUUUGUUGAGAUUUUGAACAAACUGGCAAACUCUCUUUGACUUAAAUUCAUUUUAGAGUGAUUAAAAUUAUUUGUUCUUAACAGAAAUAAUAAUAAUAAUAAUAAUAAAAAACUGAAUUUCAGGCAGCACAUAAUUUAAACCCUGAAUACCAGAAGCCUGGGCAGUUUCUUUUUCUGGAGCGCUGAUUUUGGUCAGCACGCGCCUUGCUGUGGACCAGAUUGGCCGCGGGUCCCGUUCCACAGUUAAGAGGUCAAUUUGCCUUUCAAACAGAAAAAAGGGAUAUCCAAGCGCGGGCAGACGCGGCUAUUGUGCACAAAGACCGGAGGGUCUUCUUAUUAUUUAUGUAUGCAGCGAGAGGUCUGAUUUAUAGGUCGAGUUAUACUGAAACGGACACGUGGCCUAAAAUAAAAGCUCACUCUGUGCUGUUUAUUUAAGACAUAAUAAAAAAUGAGGGUUUGGUUCGAGAGUUGUGUGCGUAAAAGUCGUGCGUAAACAGGCGUAUUGUUGGGAAGCUAUGGUUUAUUGACGGCAACUAUUAGGGGAAUUGCUUGUUUGAUCAACAUCACAGCAGACAGCUAAAGAAGCAGCUUUUAGUUUGCAUUUCAGCAAGCUUGUAUCCCCCUGUCUUAGCUGUAAACUGUGAUGAUUGUAGCGGUGACGGACAUUUCCUUUUGGCAACUCAGGGCCCCCCAGAGGAGCGCCACAAAGCAGCGGCACGUGUGCAUUUGUGUAGGGGCCCAUCAGACCGUAAAAAGAGGAGGGCCCUGGCGUGUGCCUCAGCCGGGGAGGGGCCGUGCGCACACAUUAAUGUAAUAAACCGCCAGUACAUCUGCUAAGCUAUCUGCACAUCCUCCAACGAAAUCCACCAAAGCCAGGCUCUGAGCCCUCCCACCAUAAAAUCCGCUGGGAUCUCGGUUUCAUCCCAUUGGUCGGGGAUGCUGCGACAGGGGGGGGCGAGAACAAUAGCAUCAUUCCGGCAUAAAAAGAGUGGAGCUAUGCCUUGGAGACGAAAACAUUUCAGCAACAGAAGGAUCGAUAUACUGGGGGGAUAAAGUCCCGAAAGCUUCUUGAGUUGCCAUAUUUUCAACCAACCUGGAUACUCCAGACUUUAGCCAUCUCCCCAAAGUGCCUUUCUGCUGUUAUUACUCGUCAAGAUGCCCAAAGGAUUCCUGGUAAAAAGAAACAAGAAAUGCGCACAUGUUUCCUACAGAACCCGAUCAGAGGAAGAUGACCUCCAGGAGCCCCCAACCCCAGCUGCCUUGCCGCGUCAGACGGACCCCUCCCCGCCGAUGUCCGUGGCGUCCAGCCCGGACCGCGCCUCGGCAUCUCCGGAUUUCACCGCGGCGGAGGCGCCGGUCGCGCGGCUGGAGAAGCCGACGCAAUUCGGUAACCCAGAGACUGCGUGCCAAGCCCUCUACAGCCCCACCCGACCCAUCAGCAAGGAGCACGACAAGGGAUAUUUUGAGCAAAGUUUCAGUCUGGGUUCGCCGAUUUCUGCAGAGUCAUUCCCAACACCCGCAUCCCUCUCCGGCCUGGACCACAUCCUGUACGCUCCAGUCGACUUGAAAAUCGGCACCAGCAACAGCAGCCGAAGCGGGAUCACAUCCACCUCCACCAGCAGCAGCAGCAGCAGCAGCCUUCCGGGACCGAGCAACCGGGUCGCCACCAAACGAUCCGCUGGCGAUGCAGCAGAGCGCAAAUCCAAGUCCUCCUCCAAGAAACCCAAAGCCAUUAGAAAACUCAACUUUGAAGAUGAGAUGACCACUUCUCCGGUGCUCGGGCUCAAAAUCAAAGAGGGGCCGGUGGAGGUAAAGCCGAGGGCGCAAUCCUCCGGAGGGAACAAGCCGUUAGGGGAGUUUGUGUGUCAGCUGUGCAAGGAGGCGUACGCUGAUCCCUUCUCCCUAGCUCAGCACAAGUGCUCCCGCAUCGUCAGGGUCGAGUACAGGUGUCCCGAGUGCGACAAGAUGUUCAGCUGCCCGGCGAACCUCGCCUCUCACCGCCGCUGGCACAAACCGCGCACCACCAGCGGCGCGCCAGCGAUGCCGGCCGCUCCGGGCAUCAAACCCGAAAUGGCCAAAAUAAUGCCGAUGGGCGUUAAGUCUGACGAAGCCAAAGACAUGAGUGACAGAGAAACUCCAAGUCCGGGCCCGUCCGAAUCCGGUUCUGAAGACGGCUCAUAUGACUGCCAGUACUGCGGGAAGAGGUUCAAGCGCCAGGCAUACCUAAGAAAACACAUCAUGGGGCAUCAGGUCCUGCAGAAGAAAGUUCUGGAAGAGCACGGGUUUCAAACCAGCGACCGCGCCACAGAGCAGGCUCCGGUGUCCUCUUCCUCCUCCUCUUCUUUAGCAUCGUCAUCUUCAUCAUCCUCCUCCUCAUCAUCCUCAGAGGAAGCCUCAAACCAAAGCCCUCUCAACCUGAGCCCAGUGGACUGCCUGCUGUGUCCGGUGUGCGGGGAGAGUUUCACCAGCAGGGCCGGCCAGGAGAGACACCUGCGCCUCAUGCACUCCUCCCAGAUUUACCCGUGCAAGUACUGCCCCGCCACCCUCUACAGCUCACCGGGGCUCACCAGGCACAUAAACAAGUGCCACCCCUCGGAGAACAGGCAGGUGAUCCUGCUGCAGAUGCCGGUGCGCCCCGCCUGCUGAAGACAACACAGAACUCGUGCCUUUAAUGGAGGAAGUGAAAAAAAAAAGAAAGUGAAAAAAACGGCAAGAAGAAUAAAGAAAAAAGAAAAAAAAAGUUUGUUAUGCUCACUGCCAUCUUUCUGCGCCAAAGAAGGCAGGGCUGUUUGAUGUUUCAGUGGUGUCUUUUCCAUGCCAAUCAGUGAUUGUUGAAUGGUCGUCUCUAUAUUUGAAUAGGCCUAUUUUGAGAUUUUAUUUCUCAAAUUAGUUUAUCAUGAAAAGGAAGCGUACAAAGCGUUAGUUUGACUGUUAAAGGGUAUUUUUCUAUCACAUGCUCAAUGAUAGCUUAUAGACCUAAGAAAUGUCUUAAAAUUCUCAGAGUCCCACCCCCUCUUCCCAUCAAAUCCUCUUUGGAUUUCCCGACCGUGAUUGCUGUAUCACUGUAGCUUUACGCUUAGUUUGUGGAUGACAAAACUCGGUGGAAACAAAGUGUGACUUAAGAAAUUCCCUGUUUAGUAGAACCACAAAUGCCUUUAGUGAGCAGAUGAAGCUUAGUCUGAAAUAGCCUACAUACACACACAUCCAAAUCCCGCUGUAUAACUGCCUUAAAAAAAGUCAACAAAUUGUUUUGAUUUUGAAUGCUGGCACAUAUUUUAUUAUCAUUAUUGAAGAUUGUUGCAAUAUUUUUCACACUAUUUAUUUAUUUAUUCUAAUUAUUUUAUGUAACUUAUUGUGUUUGUUGUGGAUUUCCUUUUUGUGAAUCGUUCCGGCAGUUUUAAAUGUCGUCUAAUAGCCAAAAUUAUUAUUAUGAUUAUCACUUUUUUUGGGUCAAAUUUCUGAGUUGUGAUUUUUAACUUUCUUUUUUUUUUUGUCGUGGGUUGGGUUUUAAUCUUCAAUCUUCACAGCUCUUGUUUAAGGGGAAAAAAAACACGGAAAAAACGUAAAGCUCUUACCUUAGAUGCAAUCUUUUAUAAUGACAAGUUAUUUUUCUUAAAUGUUGGCUUUUAUAGCGCUUUGAUUGUAUGUGUAUAUCGUUGUUGUCUAUUGAAAUAAUAAAAAAAAUAUUUUCAAAAAGA